AUGUUCAGUGUUUUUACCUACAUAAUAAAUUUAUUGCGUGACUGCACAUUGUGUAAAGGAUUUAAAAGUAAAGCGUUUACUUACCCAAGUACUUCUGCGUUACCUGAUUUUCGUUUUUCGUUGAACUUUGACUUCACAAAUAUUGGAAUCGAUUAUGCAGGUCCGUUGUAUAUACGAGAUAUUUAUUCACGUUCUGAUGUACAUAAAGCGUGGAUUUGUUUGAUUACUUGUGCUAGCAGUAGAGCUGUUUAUUUGGAUAUUAGUACUGAUUUGUCUGCUUCAGCUUGUGUUAAUGCUUUAAAACGUUUUGUAAAUAAAAAUGGAGCUCCGAAAGUUAUCAACUCAGACAAUGGUUCUAACUUUGUUAGUAAAGAAGUUCAACAUUUUGCAUCAUCACAUGGCAUUAAGUGGUGUUUUAAUAUUGAAGCUGCCCCCUGGCAGGGUGGAUAUUUCGAAAGGCUAAUUCAGUCUCUUAAACGUUGUUUGAAAAAAGUACUUUUUAAAACUGUAGUCGUUUAUGAAGAGAUGUUGACUAUUUUGUCAGCAAUUAAACGCAUACUUAAUAACCGUCCUUUGACAUUUAUUUACGACGAUGUUAACGAAAGUCCAUUAACUCCGAAUCAAUUAAUAUACGGAAAAAACGUUAGUAUCGAUUAUGAAAAAUACGAUGGCGAAAAAAGUGACAAUUUUACAAAGAAGAAAAAGCUACAGUCUUCUCACGAAAUUGAAGUAAACGAUGUUGUUCUUAUACACGAUGAUGUUAAAACUAGAGCAAAAUGGAAGAUACGUCGAGUAACGGAAUUGUUGAAAAGCAAGGACGCUCGUAUACGUGCAGCAAAGGUAUUAGUCGCAACUAACAACAAUCGUAAAAUGAUAAUUACACGCACUUUGAACAAACUUUAUCCUGUUGAACAGUCUGAUCGCGACUACGAGAAUGACAAGGAAGAUAACGACGAAAUUAAAAUUGACUUUUUAAACGAAGAUGACAUCAUCGUUUUUGAUGCUUCGGCAGUACAGAAAAUAUUUUGUUGA